UGUGUUUACAACAUAACAAAUUAUAUCUACAGCGUUAUUUAACAAACGAUGAUUAUAGAUAUAUAAAAUUGAAUUACGAAUAAUUUUUGGACGAAGAUAUAUUAAUUAAAAUGGGUAUUUUAGCCACGAAUAAUGAAUAUCCCAAAGCUUCUAACUCGGUUGUUAUCGGAGGAAUACUAACAUAUGUAGCUGGUAUGUUCCUCCUUAUGGCCUUUGCAAGCCCUUAUUGGAUUGAGUCAUACGAGGAAACAUUCAGCAGUUUCAAACGCAUGGGCCUUUGGGAAUAUUGUUUCAAUGAAUUUCGUUAUCCGUAUUAUCAAUUUGACAAAACUUUUGAUGGAUGCCACUAUAUUUUCAGCGAGCAAUUUUAUGUUAUUAGAGAAUGGUUAUUACCAGGAUGGUUGAUGUCAGUUCAAGCUUUUGUAACACUGUCUUUUAUGUUGAGUUUUGGUUGCCAAAUAUUAAUCGCAUUACAGCUGAUCAGAUGGCCCUUAGAUACUGUCUUACGUUAUGAAUGGAUUAUGUCAGGUUUAUCAUUUCUUGGAACUGCAACAGCAUCCUUUAUGAUGUUUCUGGCCGUUGCUAUUUUUGGAGGCAAUUGUUAUCGAAGAGAUUGGUUGAUGUAUCCCAGUUUCAAUGUUCUUUCAUGGUCCUAUGCUUUUGCUGUGAUUUCAUUUCUAAUUCAUGCAUUAGCAGCUUUAUUUUUCUAUGCUGAGGCUAAGAAGAGUUAUGAAAUGAGACGUGAAGCUAAAAAUCUUGUUAUGCAAAUGCAUGAACACAAACAUGAUCAGAGGGAAUAUUCUUAAAUAAUCUGUUAAUAGCAAAAGGUAUUGACAAGAGUAGUAAUACGUUUAGUUUAUGUAUAGACUUGCUUAUAAUAUUUUCACUUAAUGGAUUAAUGUUUACACAUGUAAUCUUUGUUGAUUUCAUGUGAAAGCUUAAAAAGUGGCCUGUAAAACUAUAUAUUUUUUAAAGUGUAUUUACAUAAGAAGACAUAAGUUGAUAAUUGAUUAAUAAUCCAAUUAUUUGACGUACUGUAUUUUUCAGUCUAAGAGAUGAAGGACAUGCCUUAAAUAAUAUUUAUAAUGAGCUUAUCAAACUAAUCUUACUCUGGCAAUCAACGUCAAGCAAAAAAAAAAAACAUUCCAUUCAUUUAACUCACGCAACAU